GACCGGAAAGAUCCGGAAGAGGUGGAUUUCAGAAACAAAACGAGAACCUAAUAUUUUUUUCUGUGUUACCACUUACUGCAUGUAACCAAAGAUGCAGAAUGUGAUAAAUGCUGUCAAGGGAAGUGCGUUAGGCGUAGCAGAGUAUUUUACACCUGUACUCAAGGAGUCAAAAUUCAAGGAGACUGGAGUGAUUACACCAGAAGAGUUUGUAGCUGCAGGAGAUCACAUUGUUCACCAUUGUCCUACAUGGCAGUGGGCAUCAGGAGACGAGUCCAAGAUAAAACCAUAUCUACCCAGGGAGAAACAGUUUCUCAUAACUAAAAAUGUGCCAUGUUACCGCCGUGUGAAGCAGAUGGACACUCACCAAGAGGAGCACGAGCUGGUGAUAGAGACCCAGGAUGGAGACGGGGGCUGGGUGGACACUCACCACUUUGCUGACACAUCAGUUGGGCAGGUCCAAGAUGCAGUAGCUGAGAUGACUUUAGAUUCUAAGGGUGGCGCUAGUGCUACAGCAUCAAGUGGAGCCCAACAAGGGGGAGGUGAUGAUGAUGAGGAUGACGGUGAUGAUGAAGAGGCAGAAGACAUGGAGGCAUUUGAAGAGUCUGGGAUGCUGGAGGCUGAAGAUACUGCCACCUUAGACCCAGCCACUGUCCAACAGGAAACUGAGGCUGCGUCAGCAGGUGCUGGAGAGAGCGGAAUUUUACAGACUAGAACUUACGACUUAAACAUCACAUAUGAUAAAUAUUACCAGACGCCUCGGCUUUGGUUGUAUGGUUAUGAUGAGAACCGUAAGCCCCUCACAGUGGAUCAGAUGUACGAGGACUUCAGCCAGGAUCAUGCCAAAAAAACUGUUACCAUGGAGACACAUCCUCACCUGCCUGGACCACCAAUGGCAUCAGUGCAUCCCUGCAGGCAUGCCGAGGUGAUGAAGAAGAUAAUUCAGACUGUCGCUGAGGGAGGCGGGGAGCUUGGGGUUCAUAUGUACCUUAUGAUUUUCCUCAAGUUUGUGCAAGCAGUCAUUCCAAGUAUAGAAUAUGACUACACAAGACACUUUACUAUGUAGACCAGUUAGGAGAGCAUGAGUUUCCAUAUCAGAGUGUCACAUAACAUGAUAUUUUACUGUAUAAAUCAGAAGGAAGAUGGGAAUUCCUAUUGAGCAUUGAAUAUUACUUAACAAAUGACUUGACUGGAUGAAUCAGUUGGAUUACACGUAUUUCCAGUACGGAAGGUGAUUACUUUAAUCAUUUUCCAUGUAAAAACAGAAGAUAGCAUCAAUUGCAUAGAAUUUGAAGACAAAACCAAGACCCCAGUGAAAAAGUGCCCUAGCCUUGUUAUGCAAAGGAGAACCGAAUAUUCUUUAUAUUAAAUGUAUGCCUUUCAACGCGGGAGAUGUUCUCAACUGUUGGUAAAGCAGAACAUAAAAUUUACAAUUUGAAUUAAAGAAAUUUUAAAAAAAAAGAACUCAGGCUUAGUAUGAUUCCAACAUUAAAAGUAAAAGCUGUAUUAAUUCCGUAAAUAGCCAGGGAGUGCAUUUAACUGAAGGGAUUAAUUAUCAAAGAUGCCAAAAAAUGCAGAAAUAACGUAUGAAGGCCACCGGAGGAAGGUUGUAAAAAUUCCUUUUGUUGAAAAGGCAGAAAUUUGUAAAUUAGGGAAACAAUCACUACAGGGUAAAUAUGACACCCACUGUAGAUACAAUAUAAUGAAUUUAUGUAAGAAGCUAUAGCGCGAGUGACACUGACCUGUGUUCUUACAAAUA